AUGAGCCCUUAUACAGAUAUGCAACAACAAGAGAACAAGCCUAUUGAGAGGAAACAAGAUAAACCUCACGACAGAUCAUCUGUAACAAGCGAAGUAUCAACAUCGAGAUGUCGUCGAACUAGUUCAGAAUCAUUUGCACAGUUCACUGAAAACGAUGACGAUGAACCUUUAGUAGGAAAACAGACAGAAGAAUUGUCGUCAGCAGCUCAAAUUGUUCAUUUUAUGCGACGUGCAUGGAAAUUACCGGUGCCUGAUGAUAAUUUCAAAGAAGGGGAUAGACAAUGGAAGGCUAAAUUUGUUGAUCGCCUUCGAGCUGAUCUAAUAUUGCCUAUGCGUGCGCAAAUCGAACAAGAAUCACGAAAAGUAACUCAACAAGGACAAACGGCAAUUUUGACUGACAAUGAACAAAGACAAAACUCAAAAAAAUUGAAGCUAGCUAUGGCCUGGAACAAAUAUGAUAAAGUAGCUCAAGAUAUUUUAACAACUCAAUCUGCGACUGAUUGGCCAGACUUGCAAUUAGAUGAUGCUUUGCGUGAAGCUUUACUAAAGAACUCUGUAAAUUUUGUUGAGUUACUUGCAGAAUAUGGAGCAUCUUUUGAGAGACUGCGACGUUUAAUUAAUAUUAGUGAUCUUUACAAAUACUUGGAUGAUGAUAAUCUUUCACGACCUCUUCCUCUCGACAAAUCAGCUAACACAACGACAUCAUCGAAUCCUUCAACUGGGAAUAAAGUCGUUCCCGUAGCUUUUGAUGUAGCUGAUCAGAACCAAAACCAUCAUUCGAAUUCAAAUGAAAUUUCAAUAAAUAUUACACAAUGGAAUUAUUGCAAAACGUAUUUGAAUAGAGAUUUGAAGGCUGAUCUUAGACAGAAACAGAUGGAACAAACCGAUGUUUCCGGUAAGAAUUCUGAUAAUCCAAUCACCGAUAAUUAUGGUAUUAUUGAUCAUUUUCGUAAAAAGGAUUCAUUUUUGCAUGGAAUGGCAGUAUUCAAUCGAAUGGAUGUUAUUCGUAGAGGUGGAUGUGUAACCGAAAUCAAAAUUAAUUUUAUACAAUCAUCAAGGGAUAAACAAUUUCCUAAAGUUUUCUUGUAUAUUGUGUCACCAGGAAAGGAUCAAAACGAAUUUACUAUUAUAUAUCGGCAUGAAAUAUCUGAUGAGAUAAUUGGUGCGCCGAUCAUAUCUAGACAAUUAACAUCAUCUACAGUACCAACCGAGCGACAAAAUAUAGCGAGCAACAACGAUAACAUAACCAGUGUAUCUUCAUCAACUCGUCCUACCGACUCCAAUGCUCACACAUCAUCGAAAGUCGCAGGAAAACCGACAAAAUUGACAACAGAAACAACAGACGCCUCUGUUAAUGGUAUUAUUCAAACAUUGAAGAUUCAAGAACCUACUCUCUAUGUGCAGGCAGGUCAAUAUCUAGCAAUUGGCUUUGGUCGUAGUUCCACUCGACUAUGUCGUGUUAAAGGAAAUGAUUCGUAUUAUAUUACUCGAAGUUCGGCUGAUACGGUUGUCCAGUCGGGUAAACCAGUGAAAGAUGAAGAAUUUGCUGUUAGCAUAUUAACUGAAAAUUCUCAACGAUAUUUUAACUACAGUCCAUUACAAUUAGCAAAGGAAAGUAAUAGUCGUUCGUUUUUAGCAACGAAAUGUGUUCAAAAAUAUUUGGAUAAAAAAUGGUUCGGUACAAUUGAUAACCACCGACAUUCCAUGUUCUGGAAUGUUGUUUUGAUCUUCUAUGUUGCAUUUCUGUGCUUAUUUAGUUACGUGCUCUUAGUGGAUUAUUUUCCAAUAAAUAAUAAUGGUGGUACACGUAAUGGUUAUUUUAUAAUAAUUCCAAUAACAGAAAUCGUCCUUCACAUUUUAAUGUUUAGUAUUCUUAUUGAAGAAUGUAUAGAGUUUCUAUUGUAUUAUGCGGAAAAACGUUUAUGUAAUAUUCAUUGGAUUCCUUGGAAAUAUUUCACUAUUGAUAAAUGGAAUAUUCUUGAUGUAAUAGCAAUUCUAUUUUAUAUAGCCGGUUUCAUCCCACGUUGGAUUCCUUCUGAAUCUGCGUUUACUGUUUCAAAGCUAACGUUCUACAUGUUUAGUGAUACACUUAGUAAAGCUGCACAUAAUUCGCACAUAUAUUGGGCAUUUCAUCGAUUCCUUCUCGUCAAUGAAUAUCGACGAAAAUCACCAUAUCCACCACCGAUUAAUCUUCUUCAUUAUACUUAUAAAUUCCUUAAAUUUCUAUAUCGUCUUAGCCGAAAUAAGACUAGUGACAAUAUUCAUGGUUCGCUUGAUGGUGCUAGUGAACUCGAUUCGAAUUUAUAUAAUAUAAUUUCAUUCAAUGCAAUGGAUCGAGCAAAAAUUUCUGGCACUGUAACAAAGGUUUCAAUUAAUUUUUCUACUGCACCAACAACAACAAAUCCUGAAAUUUGGCUAUUUGUUAUUGCAGCUGCAACAGUUGCUUCGAAUCCACACUUCUUUAUAGUUAUUAGCAAGCGUCAGUUAUUUGAAAAAUCCAAACAAAAUACUACUGCAAAUCAGCAAAAAUCUGCAACAAUCAAAUUAGAAAAAGGAAUCCAAACAUUCGACACAGAUAUUAAAAUCACAGAGGGACAAUAUUUAGGUAUAAGAUUUUCACCAGGAGCUGGCAAUCCUUAUAGUACUGGACGCAAUCAGUAUUAUUUUAAUGCUCCCGUUGAGCCUGUUCUAAAUUAUUCUAUUUUAUUUACAAAUUGUCCUACCAAAGGUAUUGCAAUGAGUUUCACGGUUCAAAAAAGCAAGAGUAUGUGA